CUGAACUCCAAUAAAGGUCUCACGAGCUCUAUCAUAAUUCAUUGUAUUCAUUUCUGCGAGCCUCAUCCAUACCUGUGAAUGCUCGAAUUUGAUGUUCCAAAACACAAGACAAAAUGUUCCAAGAUUUCAAAGUCUUUGUUAAAGGAGUGGUGGUUACUGCUUUAGUUCUCUUCGGCCUCGACCUUAUUCUACGAACAUAUCAUGGUUAUACGUAUAGAGAUUCCUGGCACGCAAUCUCUAACGCAGCAUGCGACACAAAUACUACACUUACCAGUGCACCAUCGACGGCUAGUUCAAAAGUCGGGAAGGUCUUCAUGCAAUACGGCCCAGUGAACCCAGUUUACGAGCGAGCUCUUUCCACGCAUCACCCUCACAACGAAAAAUUUGGAUAUCCUAUAUUCCUGCUUCGCUCGCAGACAUUACCGGACUAUUGGUCAAAGACAGCAUACAUCUUAAAGAUACUGAUUGACGAGCUAGAGAAGCCGUUGGAAAGCCGGCUCGAGUGGUUAUUUUGGUUCGACUCAGAUAUUGUCCUCAUGAAUCCCAAUAUACCGCUGGAGAUAUUCUUGCCACCUAAUGACAAGUGGUCUCAUAUCCAUGUAUUGAUCAGCCAAGAUCAUCGUGGUUUGAAUAAUGGCUGUUUUGGCAUUAGGGUCCACGAAUACUCUGUUUGGCUUUUGUCGGCGACUCUAUCCAUUAAGACCUAUCUACCAGACAUCAAGCUGAAGAUCGGCGACCAGUCGGCCCUUGAAUAUUGGCUACAAAGCACUCAGUUUCGGAAUGGCACCAUGCACAUGCCGCAACGUUGGUUCAAUGCAUAUGCUGGAUACCGAGGGAGGGCUGACUACUCAGAUCCUCUUCUUCCACAGCGGAAAUUCAGGCCAAAUUCGAUUAAAGAAGGAGAUAUAUUGGUACAUCAUGCCGGCCACAAGCAGUUACGCAUGGCACGUAUGGAGCCCUGGGUUGCCGUGGCGGAACAACAUCUCCCUCAAUGGGAACUCCAGCUAUCUCAAACAACCUAUCUCCAAGAAAUCCAAAAGUUUUGGGAGACCGAGGCAGAUAAGGAAUACGAGCGAGUGACUGCUUUCAGAGAGGUAUCUGGAUAUCAUUACUUGUGAAAUUGUACCAUUUCGCAAAUGGAUAAGAUAUUGAAUCAACGC